UGGGAAAGCUGUAAAGAUGAGCAGAAGGACUGACAGUUUCCAAGAAGCGACAUGCAUUCCAGCAGGCUGCGCUUUGCAGCCCUGUUAUUUUUACUCGUGGUUGCCUGCAGCAGAGGAGGAAUCAUCAAAAAUGAGGAGUUUUAUUCUGUAUUUCCAGAGGACGGACUUCCUCUGAAAAUGGACCAGGCUCUGCUCACGUUUCACAACAAGCUAACAGAACCGGUCCGGGUUUUCUACACCUCAGAUUACUGCUACAAGUGUGUGAAGCAGCAGUUGGUCUCUGUGAAGCCCAACAACAACAAUACGUCUGCAGUAAUCAGCACUAAAUUCACCCUGACGCUGCAGGUUGAGCCACAGACCAGGAACUCAACGCUCUGCAGAUGGAGUCGAACAUAUAAGGAAGGAGGCCAUUACUCUGUUUGGAUGCAGACGCCCGCGGCCUCCGCUGACCCAAUCUGCAGCUUCUCAGUGGAUAAGAGUCCAAACAAUGCUUACCUGCCUCUUCUAGUGGCGGCUCUGCUACUGGCUGUCAUUGUGUUAUUAUCUGUUUUGGUGCCUUACAUCUACAGGAGGUGUUGCACAUCUAAAUGUAUUAAAGUAAUCUGUUGCCAAGAUCCUCUGCACUCUGUGGAUAAUGAGGCUGCUGAGGCUGCGCCUGAUGGAGGUGAAGCCAAGCCGUCGCGUCUGCUCUCCUUGGAUGCUUUCCGAGGGUUUGCCCUGACAGUGAUGGUGUUUGUGAACUACGGUGGAGGCGGCUACUGGUUCUUCCAACACGCUCCCUGGAACGGUUUAACGGUGGCUGAUCUGGUCAUGCCCUGGUUUGUGUUUAUAAUUGGGACUUCAGUGGUUUUGGCCUUCAGCUCCAUGCAGAGGAGAGGAGUUGGCCGCCUGCAGCUGCUGAGAAAAGUCACCUGGAGGACAGUUGUGCUGCUGAUAAUCGGCUUCUGCUUUCUCAACUAUUCUCCCCGAGAUGGCCCAUUGUCCUGGUCCUGGCUCAGGAUCCCCGGAGUGCUGCAGCGUCUGGGCUUCACCUACUUUGUUCUGUCUCUCCUGCAGACUUUCUGGGGCCAGAAACAAAUCCCAGAGCGAGCGCCUCAGUGGAGCAGUGCUGCCCAGGACGUCCUCCUGUUCUGGCCUCAGUGGCUGAUUAUCAUCCUGCUGGAGACGUUAUGGCUGUGCGUCACCUUCCUCCUGCCGGUACCCGGCUGCCCGGCAGGAUAUUUGGGCGCUGGUGGGAUCGGCGAUGACGGUCUUUACCCAAACUGCACUGGGGGGGCAGCAGGAUACAUCGACCGAUGGGUGUUUGGUGAUAACAUGUUCAGAUACCCCACGUGCAAAGAAAUGUAUCUCACUGUGCUGCCCUUUGACCCAGAAGGGAUUCUGGGAACCAUCAACUCCAUUGUGAUGGGAUUUCUGGGGAUGCAGGCUGGAAAGAUUAUCGUUUUCUACAAGAGAAAGAACAUCCACAUUCUGUGUCGAUACCUGGUGUGGGCCGUCAUCCUGGGAAUCUCCGCAGCCAUCCUUUCUAAGUGCACGCGAGACGGAGGAUUUAUACCUGUCAAUAAAAACCUUUGGUCGCUGUCCUACGUCACGGCCAUGGGAAGUUUCUCCUUCCUGCUGCUGGGAAUCAUGUUCUUCAUCAUUGAUGUGAAAGGCUGGUGGCGAGGGCAGCCGUUCCUUUACCCAGGGAUGAACUCCAUCUUUGUGUACGUUGGCCACUCGCUGCUCGGCUUCUACUUCCCCUUCAGCUGGGAAAUUGGUUUCCAGCAGAGCCACUGGGAGUUGCUGCUACAGAACCUGUGGGGAACCGGACUUUGGGUUCUCAUCGCCUUCCUCCUCUACAGGAAGAAGUUUUUCCUAAAAAUAUAACAUUCCCAAACAAAUCCUGCAGAAACUCUGACCUACAAGCCUCAAAAGAUGUUAAAUAUUUUUUUUGUUGUUGUUUUGGGUGGCAUCUUGAUGUCUCUGGGUUUCCAUAGCAACCGCAGACAGCAUCUUUGUGUCAGUCUGUAGUUUGGUCUAGAAAUGCCAGACAGAUGUAAAUAUGUAAUCUCUACUGGGAAUGUCUUGAGUUUAAGUGAUUAAGUAAAAAUUUGAUUGUAUUUUUUGACAGCAAUAAAGUUUGGAGUUUGGAAAAA